CCGUAAAUUGAAAUGUACAAAAAAGGUACAAGAUAGAAUCAAAGGGGGAAACAAAUGACGGAAAUGGAAGAGACAGCUGGAGAGAUCACGAAGCUUCCUCCAACGAGGCACACGUCAACGGGCGAAGGUGAAGCUGACCAAGAAGAGGUGCCCGUUGGUUCCUGCAGAUACCCCUAGAGGUGUCACGUGAGGCUAUGAUGGAAUGGAUUGGAAGAUGGACGGAUCACAAGCGCAAACAAGCACAAGAAAAAUAUUCCUUGCUGACUUGGAAAAUAAAUUAUUAGAAGGUCAUAUGCAGAUCGGGCAUCUUUGCGUUUAAAUACCCUUUUCUGUCUUCCCACUGCUUUUCGGCUUACCGUGAGAGCCUGCUGUCCACCAAGCUACCCGCUUUACUCGUAGCUGAUCCCUCUAAUCCUCAGAAUGUCCACAGUUCUUCCGCACAGGGAUAAGCACUUGAUGCCUGUACCUGCCAGGGCUUCUCUCCAACACCAUGACCCUCUAUUAUUUAUUGAUCGCCAAACACAACAUAUCCAAAGGACCCUUCAGGUCCUAAUCGAUGCUCAAAGUGAAGGUCUCGUGGCUGGACUUGGAGGGCCCCGACAAGACGAUUCCUUUUCCAGUGGAAGCUAUACACCCAAUUCCUCUGAGCCAGGUAGCUCUCGAGGCCCUUCGACUAUACCUGUCAGGCAGCCUGUCCAAAAAAAGAUCGGAUUACGUUCUGCACGGGAGGGAAUUUUCAAAUCAAUAUAUGACCUGUUAAAGCUCAGGGAGGAGGAGCGGGAGAUACUCACGUUUCGAUUUGACGAAAGAAAAGAAGCACUGAUCGAAAUUGAUGAAUUUAGUUCCAAAAGGACUGGGCUAGAGAAAUCCAUCUCAACGAUUCACAAUAAUCGUGAAAGCCAACGAUCCCAUGAGCUACAACAGGAGGCGCGCGGCCUCGAGGAGGACAUACGUGAACUGGAGACCAAGCUGUUUGAGAUGAAGGCAAAGCACCAACAUGUUAUCUAUGAGAUCACGCAGAUUGAAAACUCCGUCGAAUCAAAGUUGUCUUCCUACAAGGCUUCGUUGUCACUUUUGGACUCGGACAUCCGAAAUUAUCUUCAGAACCCCCCUUUCCAGCCCAUGUCAAGUACCAGUGCCGAUCAGCCUACCUUCUAUUCCCUGAACCCCAAGCGCCGAACCCUUGAUAUGGCACAAGAGCAUUGGAGAAAUGAGCAAGCGGAACUACAAAAGAGGCAACGGGAAGUGGAUUUAGAAAUACAAGCCCUGGAAGAAGGCGGUGGUGUGUGGAAACAAGUGACUUCAGAGGUCUCAGAUUUCGAGAAACGCUUAAAGACUGAGAUGCGUCAGUUUAUCCAGACGCAGUCACAGCUUCUGAAGCCUGAUGGCCCAUCAGGAAGCAAAUCGGAGGAAGAUCGGGUUCGAGGUAUCUUGGACGAUUUGGAAAGCACGACCCAUCGUAUUGAAGACCACCUGGAGCUCGCAGAGGAAAAGAACUGGAAUCUGCUUGUUUGUUGCAUUGCUGCGGAGCUUGAAGCGCUUAAAGAAGCACGAGAGUUGCUUAUUGGCGCGUUCAAUGUCUCGGGGGAAGACCUUUGGCCUGAUUCUAAGGGCAAAUCGCCCGAAAAAGGCCACCAUGAUGAUUCAAAAGCAGAUCCUCUUGGCGUUGACAAUCCCGAGCCUCCAGCUGAUUUAUUGAGGGAUGCAGACGGACAUUUCCACGAUGCUUCGUUGAGAUCAGAAGACGAAGACGAUGAGCCAGACCCUGCUUGGCUACUCCCUGAAUCUUGAACGAGCUCUUGGCCUGCAGUAUAAAUAAAGCCUGCGACAUGUUAAUUGUAGUGGUAGCUUAUAUCAACAAGACUCAGGUUGUUCUCAAAGCAAUGAGAAACUCCCCAGGUACCUGGGUUAACUUUUUAAAACUUAACAUUAGAUCCAAUGUAUAUAGCCC